CUCCCCCUUUCUCUUUCUUCAAUCUUGUUCGCAGAUCAGAACAACUCUCUCCAUCUCUCCCCCCCUCACUCGCUGUGCAUCGUUUGGAGUUUUAUACGAAAAACUCUAAACCCCGUCGGCAAAGGAUCUGGAUGAAAAAAGACCCAGGCGGUGGACUACUUGCAGAGCACGCAGCCACCAAAUUUGACCAUCCCCAAAACCUCCAGCAAGCAAACAACGCAGCGGUCACUCUGAUGAUGGCCAGCGCAGGCGGUGUUCCGACCGCAUCGAGCGGAGCCAGCACCCCGUUUGGCAAUUCGUCCGGCUCCAUGCUCAAGCCUCUUUUAUUGGCGGGACUGCCCGGCGCGAUGGGCGGCGCUGGCGCGCCAGACUUUUCGAAUGGCAUGAAUUUCAACAAUGGCGUCCCAAUCGGCAGCGGAGUCAGUGGCAUCUCCACGCCGGUCGCGUCGUCUGGGCCAUACCCGCAGUACUCGUCAACAGGACCAAUGUCGUCCAGCGUGCCAAUGCCGCAAUCCCCGUUUGCACAAGCGGCAAGCCUGGCUGCCGCCAACGCUGGCAUUGCCUCGCCUGCUCCCAUGUUCCAACCCGCGCUGCCGUCCGGCGCGUCGUCGCAGUUCAAUUUCGGCUCCCAGGUGCAGGGUCCGGUCACCAUGGCAAACAUGGCCUCGGUCACGGCGCAGGCAGGCACACCGCUGCAGCUCAACUUUUCCACGCGCGACGCCUUUGGCAACAUUAACGGCUGCUUCUCGCUCAACAUCAACCUAACACCCUCCUGCACCAACUGUGGCAGUCAAGUAGCCAGUACAGCGGCCCAAAACUCGGCUGCGAGCGGCGGCUUUGGCGCCAACACGCGAGGAUACACGUCGACCGCCACGCGCCGAUUGCGGCAAGUGACGCAAAAGGACACCCCGCCCAGAUCACCGCUGGCUGCUACCCGCAGCACCAGCAGUCGGCUCGCCGCGGCGGCGGCUGCAGACGGCGCCACCAGCUACAGCGCCCCUGCCACUCCGACCCAUGGCCAAUCGCCCGCCAAACCGCCGCGCACCGGCAUGUCGCGCUCGAGCACGGCCUCUCCCGUGCCGGCUGACGCGCUGGACGAGUCUGCCGCGAUGGCCUUGGACAGCCGCGAGCUUGCUGCAGGUCUUCGCAAGUCUGUCGCUCGAAGCAAGGCGACGGAAGAGUCCGAGAACGAAGACGCAGCGGAGGAGGAUGCCGAGGACGGCCAGGACGAGGACGAGGACGACAACCAGGAAGACGAAGAAGACGAGCAAGAAGACGAAGAAGCAGGCGAAGACGACGAGGAAAAGGCAGCCGAGGACGACGAAGAAGACGGCGGCGGCGUUCGCAAACGCAGCCGGCUUGCCUACGAAGACGAUGAGCGCGAUCUCGACUUUGGCUCGGGCAGGCGACCCCGCUCUGCGCGUCGUGCCGCCUCGUUGCUCGCAGCCGCCAUGGCUGCCGGAGCGUCCCAAGGCACCGACAGCGCCGAGGAGGCCGAAGACGGCGGCUCGGCCUCUGCCACGCCAAGCAACAAGGACCGCUCUGGGCCAUACCGUCACGGUGUGAAGGCUGCGCCAUUCACGCUUCAAAAGCUGUCCGUCACCCUGCCCGAAGAAAUGGUCAACCAGAUUGCCCUGCUCAACUCGCAGCUGAGCGAGUUCAUCUCGCCCGUCGGCGACCAGUCGGCUCUCAAGGCCCGCAACCCGGACAAGAUUGGGUGCAUUUUGGCCAUCUUCGACGCGCUGACCGAAGAAGAAAAGCUCGAGUACGCCAACGCCCAGUGGUGGCGGACGAGCGACGCGUACUUUAAGCACCACCAAAUCGCAACGCAGCCGUCCAAGUACCUGCAGUCGUACUCCAAGACACACCGCCAUCUGAUGGACUUGUGGAUGCAAAAGUACUUUGGCGACUGCAGCGUCAAACUUGCCUUCCUGCGCGUCUUUGACGUUGCCAAGCGGGUGUACGACACCAAGUAUGCGCGUUCUUAGGUUGAUCUUGUUUCUGCUUUCUUUUCUUUUCGUUUUUCUCUUUUCUCUUUUCUCUUCUUUGUUUCGUGGACUGGCUUCUGCGUUUUCUUGUUAUGGAUGAAAUGGUGACUGAGCGAGCCACUCGGCUUGUUCGGUUCAAGCGUUGUGAUGAUUUUUGGAAUCUUGUACUUGUAGGGUUGUGCCUUGUGCUUGUGGUGAGAUGGUGAAAUGAAAAUGGUGGAGGCAGCCACACUGUCGUUCCACCGCUUUCUUUCUGUCUCACUCUCUCUGGCUGUUCUAUUGCGUUGUUUGAAUUUGGCUUUGGUUGUGGAUGUUUCACUGUUCAAAAAAUGAAACUCUUUUGCAUCAAAGUG